AUGCCGAAGUGUGCAAACAAAGGAUGCGGUAAGGAGUACGAGGACGACGCUAAUACGGAGGAGAGCUGCGUCUAUCAUCCCGGCGCGCCUGUUUUCCAUGAAGGACUCAAGUCCUGGUCAUGCUGUAAUACCGUGAACAAGCCCGUGCUGACGUUCGACGAAUUUAUGGCGCUUCCGGGUUGCGCCACUGGCAAACAUUCAGCUGUCGAAGCGAAAGCAGCACCCGCUCCCGCUGUCGCACCACCGCCCAUUGCCGCACCUGAAGCAAAUGUGGCGAACGACCCUGAGGCACCGGCACCAGUGGCGCCUGUACAGCCUGUGGAGCCCGCACAGAAGAUGGUGCCUAUGAAGAGUGCACCCGCUGUUCUCGCCGAGGAAGAGGAGGAGGAUAUGAAUGCACCCGUCCCGUCGGGAACGACAUGUCGACACAAUGGUUGCAAUGUCGUCUACGAGACGGACGAGGAACAUCGUAUCGGCGAUGGCCCCGGUACGGUCUGCACGUAUCACCCUGGUUUGCCGAUCUUCCACGAGGGUAGCAAGGGUUACUUCUGUUGUAAGCGGCGUGUACUGGAGUUUGAUGAGUUCCUCAAGAUUGAGGGUUGCAAGGUCGGGAGGCAUGUCUUCGUUCCAAGGAAAACUUCGAAAGAUGAGGAGGAGCUCAUAACGUGCCGUAUGGAUCAUUAUCAGACGCCCCACAGCGUACAAGUCUCAGUGUAUGCAAAGAAGACCGAUAAGGAUCGCAGCGUCGUUCAGUUCGAGGAGACACAACUAGUACUCGACCUCUUCCUUCCGGACUCGAAGCGCUUCAGCAAGACCAUCGAUCUUUUCGGUCCCAUCGACCCCGAGGCGUCAUCCUUCAAAAUUCUCGGCACUAAGGUCGACAUAACACUGAAGAAGAAAGAUGGUCGUAGCUGGACACUUCUUGAGAAAACUGAUCGCGAUCUUGGUGGCGUCGCGCUCACCUUCGGCGUAGGCGGCCGUACGGGUACCAUCGGCGCGAAAGCGCCAGUGCUUGAUGGCGACAACAUUCGUGCAGCCAGUCCUUGA